GAUGAUUAUUUUUAAUGGAGAAAUUUGUAUUGAAACAUAUAAAGAGAUUGAAUCAAGAAAUAAGACCGCAGAUUCUUCUUCUUCAAGAAAAAAAACUACAACAAUUUUAUCAAAACUAAAAGAAAAAUUUUCUAUUGAUAAAUUUGAUCAAACAUUUGUCUGUCAUCCUUCAAAUGACACAUUUGAUGAGCAAAAAGAAGAGAUUGAAAACAAAUUUAUAGAGAAUUUUAUAGAUAUUCUUAAAGAAAAGAAAGUAUUAAUAACAUCGGAUAGUCUUGAAUAUCCUGCAUUGAAAUUACUAUUAAAAAGUAUUAAAAAAUAUAAGGAAAAUGGAGGUUGUCCUGUUCCAAUAGUUAUAUAUAAUCCAAAAGAAAACGAUGAGGGAAAUGUUAAUUAUUUAUCGAUUGUUGAUGAUUUGAAGAGAGAGAUGGAAAAUGAUGUAAUUCAUUUGAUUUUUGAUGAAAAUGAUGAUAAUUUAUUAAAAAUACAAAACUGUUUAGAAAAGAGACAAGAUGUAAUAUGGUUGAACAAUAAAAAUAAAAUAUUUAAAAGAAAGUUAUAUUCUUCUGUUAUUAAAAUAGAUAGUAAGGUUAAAAACUUUCCUAAUUUCAACAUGAAACCAAACUUUAUAAUACAACUACCAAAUUCAACUCUAUCUGAUGAUAAUAUUCAACAAUUAAAGUCGCAUCUAACAAAAACUACAUCAUUAUUUUUAACUGAUGGAACAUCGAAUAGAUUAUUGACAAGUAUGAUUGAUGAUACAAAUGACAACAAAUCUAUAUGGUGUGGAUUUGUAGCGGGUAAACAUGAUUUAAUCACAAAUCAAGAUAGUGUAAGUCAAGACGCAUUAAAGGGUGCCGGUUUGGACCUAAAUCAUCAAUAUUUCUAUUUUCUUGGAGAAGGUGAGGAUGAAAUGGAAACUAAAGAAGCAUUCAUUAAAUAUGUUCAGACACAACAUGAAAAGGUUAUUGAUGUCUUAAUUAAUUUUGAAGGCAAUAGUAAUGAUGAGGUUAUUCAAAGGUUAAAGUCUAAAAAAUAUAUUAUUUCUCUAACUGAAGUAGAAGAUGAGAGGAUGAAUGAAGAGUGCAAGAAAUAUUUGAAAACAUUCAAACAAGAGGAAAAUGGUUUAAAAGACUGCCUUCAAGAGAUUUAUGAAGAAAAUUAUUCAUCCUACUUUAUUGAUGAACAAGAGAACGCAACUGUAAAAAAUACUUUGAAAAAAAUGAAAGAUAUACUGAAAGACAAACAUUUAUUUAUAACAUUUAACAAUAAUUACGAGCACGAUAACUUUGAUAAUCAGUUUAAGAGAAUCUUUGAAAAGAAAUUUAAUGCAGUUGUAGAAGCAUUCUCACCAUUGAUAUUAAUUGAUGGAUGUUCAAAAUUAUUAGGACCCUGUAAAGAGGCGAUACAAGAAAAGAACAUUAAAUUAUAUAGUACAGAACCGUCAUGUCUUAAACAUAGCUCAAAGGGGAUUUGCCCUAAUCAUAUUAAGUUUAAAUCACUUAAAAAAAUGGACAGCUCAUCAUUUCUCCCUAAAGCGAUAUUGCAGAAACAAAUUAUACAAGCGGAAGAGAUCAAUAAAAUUCCUGAUUACUAUUUAAUUUCAAUAUUAAUAGUAAUUGGCGGUGAAAUAUACAAAACUCUACAAGAAAUAUGCAACAUACUAACAAUGAAAAAUGAUGGAAUUGAUAAAAAACCUAAUGUAUUUAUUGUAGAUCAGUCUAGAUAUUUGCUAAUAAUAUUGAGACAAUAUUCUUUUCUGUGUUUACAACCUUUGGAGGUGAGAUCAUUUCUUUGUCUGACUCUUUUGUAUUUGAAGUUUUGUGUUUUCAGCCCCCUCUGA